UAAUAUUGAAACAUAAAAAUAAUAAUAAUUGUGCUUUCGUAAGCGAAUAUUGCAUUUCCUGCAAGAGAUAAUAUCUGUGUGGCAGCGGUAUAGUCUGGUUAGAUAAUCUAUAUUGGAUUAUUUCCAUUUCUCUGGGAGGAACUUUAUCUCAGUCGUUGAGUGAUUCUUUUUUUGUAUCACGGUUUAUAUUUAAAGAGAAAUAAUGAAUGUAUUAGUUGGACUUUGUUUAUUUGUAUUUAAUGUUCGUUAUGCAUCUUCCAUACAGUGCUACGACUGCCUUACAGACUGCAAUGACCCAUUUGAUUCCAGUGGCGUAAAGAAAUCAGAAUGUGAUGGUUCCUGUAUGAAGACAGAAAAAGAUGGAACUGCUGUAAGGAAUUGUCUUCCACUGCUCAAAAAGGAUUCGUGCGAAGAGGCGGCUGGAGCCAAUGUUUGCCAUUGUACAUCUAACCUGUGUAAUGGGGUCUCCAAAAUUUUAGUGCCAUCCGCUAGUUUUAUCUUUGCCGUUAUCAUGCUCGGUUUGAAGGUAUUCUAGCGUGUUUUUACAUCAUUACGUUAUAAGUUUUCUAUAUAACCGUUUGCUAGUUGUAUAUAACUUGCUUAUAAGAAAAAUCAAUAGCUUUUGAAUGGAAAAUGACAAGUGUAACGGACACGCUCAAGAGUUGGAGGCAACUUUGUGUCUGCAUUCAGGGGUUAUUUAUCAUUAGCUAAAUUCAGAAGUGCUCCACUGGGAUGUUUUAUAUAUCACUUUUUUAUAGAUGUAUAUUUUUCUUAGACAAUUGACAGGGAACCAAGGCUUUGGCUGUUAAUAAAACAAAGAGGCCAUUAUGGCAGACAUGUAGAUAACAUGAAAGCAAAUAGAUAAAACAUGUGUCAGUUUAAACGAUUUUUAUCAGUCAUAUUAUUAAAUUCAAAAUUAACUUUGAUUGUUCAAUUGGUGAAGAAAAAGAAAACAGUUCGACAAGAGUUAAUACUGUUAACUACCUACUUCAAACAGUUUGAUAUAGAAUCUCCUGAAAAUAAUAGAGUAGCUCCAAAUACAUUAUUACCCAAACGUUGUGAUGUGAACAUUAAUAAAAGAAAUACAAAAAGUAGUCACGAUGAUUAAAACAUUUUAGUUGUUAAACCUAGUAUAUAUGCUUUAGGAUUUGUGAUGCACAUUGAAGUUGGCUGAAGUAUAAAUAGAAUCGAUGUACAUAUUGUAUAUAUGAAAAAUAUCAUGUAUCGGUGCAUUCAUUAUCCUUCAGAUUUCAGUGAUUAUCAAUAAUUUUUGUUUCGUAUUUAUUCUGAUUUCUGUCUUUUAUUAUCUUAUAUAUCUAUGCAUAUAUUAUUGUUUGAAAAUAAAGUCUGUGAAAUGUUUAAAAGGUUUGCUUAGCAUUAUGUCCAUUAGCC